CUCUUUUAAAUAUAUCGACAUAGUUUAGAGAGAUCUAAAACUUGGUUCUUGAGAAAUCCAUCUGGAAGAUCUCCCUCUGGGCCCCCUGUUUCCUGUAUAUGGUUGUCUCUUGUCGCCAUGCCGAGGCCAAUACCUGUUGAAGAAAUGGUGAGACAGUUCAAGGGGCAUCAUCGGAAUUCCCACAUCUUUAGGAUAGAUAAUUUCUCUUUAUUCGGCAAGUAUCAAAUUCAAGAAAUCGAAUCUUCUAUUUUCGACAUCGGUGGACACAAAUGGAAACUUGUUCUUUUCCCAAAUGGAAAUGCAAAUGACAAUGGAAAGGAUCAUGUUUCCCUCUACCUGGGAAUACAAGACUCCGAGUCCCGGCCGUCGAACUGGCAAGUUAGGCUCGGCUAUCAGCUUUUCCUUCUCAAUCAAUUUCGGCAAGACUGGCGAAUGGAGCAAGGAAACGUUGUCUUCAAUGCAUCGAACCAGAAACGAGGUUUCUCGAGGUUGAUGGCUGCUGCCGAUUUUCUAAACCCUAAUCGCGGAUACCUUGUGGAUGGAUGCUCUUUGUUUGGCGUCAAGAUCUUGGGUAUGAACGACACAAAAGCUGGAACCGCUGAAUGUUUUACGCUCGUUGAGAAGCCUCCGAACAACGUAUUCUCUUGGAAGAUGAUGAAGUUCUCGGCCCUCAACCGCUCUUCCGAGUAUACGUCCGAUGAAUUCGUGAUCGGGGAUAGAAAAUUGAAAAUACGGAUCUUUCCACAAGGAACAACUGCUCCGGACAAGCUUGCGGUGUAUUUGAGGGGAGUAGGAUUGAAGAACAACACAACACCAAAGGCAAAGUGUUACACACGAUUCAGGCUGCGAGUGUUGGACAAGAUCAAAGGGAAACAUGUCGCACAUUCAUAUACUUUCUGGUUCCCGGUAGAGCCAGGCGGACAUGGCUCCCAGGGGUUUAUGCCUCUCAAAGAUCUCGCAAACCCUUCGAACUAUGUGGUGAAUGAUACAUUGUAUGUGGAAGUCGAGGUCGAUGUCAUUUCGACGACCAAGUAUUGUUAGCUCUUGGGUUAUCAUAUUGUGAAAUCCAUGUCUUUAUAUGUGUUGAAGUCGUGUCUCUGUUUUGUUUUUUUUUUGUCUAAAAAGCCAUCUUUUGGCCUUUUGUAUUCUUUUAUGGGGAAAAUUUCAUAUAUAAAUAUCUCAAACUCA